CUAGAUAAUGAGCGACACAAAUAUAGAAGCGGAGAGCAACACGCCAGAGGAACUGGAUGUGGGCAGCGAGAAAUUUAAUCCACUCCGGGCACUCUACGCCGCAGAUUUCAAAGUCACUGAAAGGGCGCCAAAAGUUCUGUAUCAAAAUCUGGCAGCUUUUGAAAGUGCUCUUGUAAAAUUCGGCGUUUGGCAACUGAACAAGCGGCAGAAAAACAACGAUGUGCCACCAAAGGCAACAAACAGCAAAAAUCCUUUUUCGGCGGUCGGGGAGCCGUCGAGUGAACGGCGUUUUGAGCCCCAUCAAAUGCCAGUUGAAGGUGUCCCUAAAUCGAAAUACCAGCGCAAUCUUUUCACACAUAUGGCAGGCGCCGAAGGUCCGUUGGCGUUGCUGCAAAAACAUUUGCCAACACCGGAGAAGCUGGGUCAGAUGCGGCUGCGGGUUUACUUGCGCAACGAACACACUAUUGGCGGCCAUAUCGACGGGCAACUUGUGGCCUUUGACAAACAGUGGAACCUCCUGCUGAAAAACGCCGUUGAGGUCUGGCAGCGUCGCAAAUAUAAAUUUGGCGAGCAAAAGAUUUGUAGCACACCUGUGUCAGAAGAAUGCCGCAACCGACUACGGCGAAUGGGAAUCACAGUGCCCGAAGUGCAUGUGAAAAGUCUAAACCGUAAAAACGUACAGCUACGCCGCGAAAUACCCCAACUUGUGGUCCGCGGCGAAAACAUAGCUUUAAUUACAUUUAUUAAUAAUCCAAACGAGUAAAAGUUGCAUUUUUGUCA